AUGCGCAUUGCUAUCCUUGGGGUGGAAAACAACUGUGCCUUGCUGGCUCAUGGACUGGAAACCAGCGCCAUCUUCGGGAAUGCACACCGCUGGCUAGAUCAACAGCUGUGUUUACCACUAGCUUGUGGACCAGACUGGUACAGCCUUGUGCCCCUGCACGAUUAUAACCCUGCUGCAUGCCACGCCCAGGCCACGCCCAGGCCACGCCCAUCCCUCUGUGAUUGGAUAGACGACAAUGAGGUCAUAACAUUGAGUCACCUACAGGCCCUCUUUGAGCAAAGUGAUGAGAAAAUCCCUCUCCAAGAAGACAAGAAAGAUGUGAGUUAUUCCCAGGGAAGUUCUAGUAAGGAGAGCCUUCUUGAUGAAUAUCAUGAGGACAGUCUUCUGCUUCUACAACUCCAGGACAAUGAUAGAAAUAUUGAGAUAAAUUAUGCUUCUGAUGACUCACAAAUACUAUACUUGCCUACCUUCCAAAUCAAAGAAGAUGAUGGUACAUGUUAUGCUGGAUGCCAAGAUAUAAUUUUUCCAGAGGAUGAAUGGAAUGAUAGUGUAGAGGAUGAAGCCUUGGAGGGAUGGUUCAAGAUCACUAUUCCAAAUGGGAGAAAGUACAACAAGAUGUGGAUAAUAAACUUACUCCAGAGCCAUUGCAGUGUGCACUUCACACCAGUUGAUUUCCAGUACAUCAGAAACCGGAUACAGUUCUUUGUUCAAAAUGCUCAAAGUGCCUUUGAAUUGAAGAAUAUGAACUGUCAGAUAAGUGAUGAGGAAAACAGAAAGAUUUCUAUCCAUGUUAAUUCAUCUACUGAGCCUUUAUCUGUGCAGUAUAAAUUAACACCACAACAGAUGGAGAUCCUAAAACUGAGCAUGAAGAAACGAUAUGAUGUGUCCCAUAAAGCUCUGUACCUCAGGAAAUUUCGCUUUGACCCAGACUUAAUGGAUUAUGGGCUUGACAUAUUUCUGAACAGAAGAAGCUGCAUGUCUGCCACCCUUCAAAUCAUUCAAGUGGAUUUCCCUGAGCUAUUAUCCUUGAACUUGAGCAACAACAAAAUAUACAGGCUUGAUGCCCUGUCUGAAUUAAUAGAGAAGGCCCCCCAGAUCAAGAUUCUGAACCUUUCAAAAAAUGCGCUAAGAACCGUGUGCGAGCUGGAGAAGAUGAAGGGGCUGAAGCUGAAAGAGCUGUGGCUAGAAGGGAACCCUUUGCGCAGCACCUUCACAGACAGUUCUGCCUACGAUGGCUGGAAAUUGUUCCCAACAGUUGAUACUGACACCUUGGAAAUAAUAAAACCAUGCAAGGAAACGUACAGAGGAUCUGAAAGUCUCAAGGAUCUGGUCGUGCAAUUUGUGCUUCAGUAUUACUUGAUCUAUGAUUAUGGUGAUCGACGCAAUCUCCUCACUGCUUACCAUGCAGACGCCUGCUUCUCCCUGACCACUACUUCCAAUUCCAACAAGCCAAACAUGAGAACGUUAGAAGAAUACUACAAGGAUAGUAGGAAUAUGAAGAAAGUCAAGGACUCCUUUUCACGGAUGCAGCUGCUGAAGCACAAAAAAUGUAACAUUGUGACCUGCCUUCAUGAACUGCCAAAAACUCAGCAUGAUUUAAGUUCCUAUGUAGUAGACGUUUGUGCCCAGACAGAAAAAAUGAUCUGCUUUUCUGUCAAUGGGGUGUUCAAAGAAAUGGAAGGAAAGUCUAAGGGAUGUAUUCGUGCCUUUACCCGGACAUUCAUCUUAACCACCGGCAGACAUUUCAGGCUUUGCAUUGUGAAUGAUGAGAUGAUUCUCAGGAAUGCCACAGCUGAAGAGACCAAAAAGGUCUUUUCUACCACCAUGCCCACAACCUUCUAUGCCAAGAGUCAUCUGCUGAUGAAGGAUUCCUCCACCCAGACUGAUUUGAAGUGA